AUGGACGCGGCCGAAUCACUCCUCACCGUAUCCCGCCUCGGGCUCGACCACGUCGGCCUCGACCACGUCCUCGACUCGAUCCCAUUCCCACUCGUGAUCGUGUUCUUCUUCGCAUGCCUCACCUUUCUCUUCCGCUGGCCAACGGCCCGCCCACGGCUCCCCAAGACGCACUUGGUGCACCUCCCGUCACCCCGUGGCGACUUUGUGUACCUCGACACCCCGUCUCGACGCCUAGUCAUCUCAUCCAUCCCCCUCCUCCCUCCACCUCUACCAAAGGAGAAAAAGACCCGGCCAAACCAACUCAAACGCCUUCUCUCGACGUACCGCCCACUCCGCGUCGUACCCGAAGACGCGGUCGAGGCCAUGUGGGGACCAUCUAGUCCCGUCUAA